CCUUGAGGGACCCUAACUGGAGGGUGUUAGAGAGUUUGACGUUGCUCGAAGAGUUCUUCUAUCGCUUAACUGUCCCUUCAAAUUUCGCUAACAGUCAUUUAAAUGUUUACGAAAAGAAAUGUAUUCUAUUUUUACACAACAAAGGGUCUUGUUGAACGAAGUUUUGGGAUCUAAAAUCGUAACAAAACGCUGAUCCAGGUACAGCGAAAGCUGCUGAAAUAGCCUAAUGACGUCAGAGUUAAGUGUUCCUUGUUGACAGGUUAGAGGAAGGCGGCAAGGCGAGAGUUUAGUUCACCUGAACUUGGCAGGUCACUUUAAACUCAAACAGAAGGACCCUGCAGGGAUCGAACCUGCUCUACACUACAGACAUGGCCUGUAGGAACCCUGGUAUAGAGCUAGACCUCGGCUGGGUCCAGUCCGUCAGAGUGAACCAGCCAGCUACCCUGCGCAGGGCACAGUACCUGUCUACUACCAGGACUGUCAAGAAGAAAUGGCAGGCAUCGUGGCUGCUGCGUGCGGUGACCUGUAUUGACCUGACGACCCUGUCUGGUGAUGACACCCCGGCUAACGUCCAGAGACUGUGUUAUAAGGCACAUCAUCCUGUCAGGGAGGACCUACUCAAGGCUGUCAACAUGCAGGAUAAAGGUAUCACUACAGGAGCUGUGUGUGUGUACCCAGCCAGAGUGAAGGAGGCAGUCAAGUACCUGAAACAGGCAGGAGCAAACAUACCUGUGGCUUCUGUUGCGACAGGUUUCCCGAGCGGUCAGUACCCGCUGACCACUAGACUACAGGAGGUGAGAGACGCGGUCCUGGCAGGAGCCUCGGAGAUCGACAUCGUCAUCAGCAGGACUCAGGCUCUCAGUGGCGACUGGCAAGGAGUGUAUGAUGAAGUGAAGGCCUUCAGAGAAGCCUGCGGAGAGGCUCACCUGAAGACUAUCCUGGCUACAGGAGAACUGGGAUCUCUCACCAACGUUUACAAGGCCUCACUGGUGGCCAUGAUGGCAGGGUCAGAUUUUAUAAAGACCUCCACUGGGAAGGAGGGAGUGAACGCCAUUCUGCCUGUAGGAGUGGUCAUGUGCAGGGCUAUCAGGGACUUCUACCACAGAACUGGCUACAAGAUCGGUUUCAAACCAGCAGGGGGCAUCCGUAGCGCGAAGGACGCCUGCACCUGGCUGGCUCUGAUGAAGGAGGAGCUGGGAGACGAGUGGACACACCCGUCCAUGUUCCGCAUCGGCGCCAGCGGACUGCUGACCGACAUCGAGCGUCAGCUGUACCACCAUGUCUAUGGGCGGUAUGCCGCGGCCCACCAGCUACCCAUGUCAUAAUAGACCAGUGCAGCCACUCUCUCAUUGGUCAAACUGUUAAUUACCUUUCACUCAUUGGUUGAACGGUUAAUUGCCAUUCUCUCAUUGGUUGGACUGUUAAAUUACCUUUCA